CUCUUCAGCAUCGUACCCAUCAUCCUCCUCCUCGGCGCAAUGCUCCUCCUCCUCUUCACCGUCCUCGCAGGCGCACGCACAGGCAGCCCGCUCGACAAGUUCUACUUCCUCCAGGCACAACUCUCAGCAGACGGACUCUCCUCCCCCAGCGGCUUCCUGCGCUGGACAACCUGGAACAUCUGCGGACAGGAGAACGGCAAUAACGUCAACUGCGGCAAGAUCCAAGCAGCGCACCCAUUCGCACCAGCCCGUCAGCUCACCAAUGCCUCUCCAUCCCUCCCCACCGCCAUCACCAGCAACGACACCCAGUCCUACAUCACCUCCCGCGCCUUCUUUGCAUUCUUGCUCAUGGGCCUCUUCUUCACCUUUGUCGCACUCCUCGCAUCCCUCGUCGGCUGUCUCGGUCGUCUCGGCGGUUUCAUUGGCUUGUUGACGGCAUUCGUUGCAUUCAUCUUUGAUGGGAUCGCAGCAGCACUCAUGACAGUCGUCUACAUCCGUGGUCGUUCCAGGUUCCGAGAUGCAGGUAUCCCCGCUGAUGUCGGUGUCAAGCUGUUUGCCUUUAUGUGGACAGCAACGGCUAUUUGUCUCAUUUGCGCAGUCUUGUUUGCAGUGGCAGCGUGUAUCCCCUCGGACAAGCCUCGUCGUACAAAGCGC